UUCUCAGACCCAAAAAAAAUAAAUAAUUGGUAAUGUCCUUUUUCUUUUUUCUUUUUCUAAAAGACAAGAGAUAGAGGGGGAGUCAAUUUACUCAGUUUUCAGUUGUUUAAUGCUGAAGGGAAGCCUUGCUUGACAUGUAGAAGACCUCUCAAAUACACAAAGUCCCCUCUUUCUUUCCUCCCCUCUCAAUUUGUGAUCUGUGGAGGAAAAUUCAUUAGGAUUUUGCUUCUCAGGUCCUGCAAUUCAUACGUUUAUUGAGGUGUGGCAAGCCAGGACUUUUGACAACUCAUAUUCAUCUGCUCUAGCAUACAUGGAUCAAAAUGCUUCGGCAGAGGGUUUGAGAAACGACCUUGAGCUAGUGAGAUCCUCCUCUGAAAAGCAACUUUUGAGACCAUCAGCCCGAUAUUAUUCAGUAUUUAAAGGGCAAGCAACAGAUGCUGCAGAUCCUGAAAAAGGCAGGUAUACCCUAAUUCGAGAUGCAGAGGACUUUUCAUCAGGGAUGUACGAGAAGCAGCUUCCAUGCUUUGGCUGCGGGAUAGGAUGGUUUUCUUUUCUUUUAGGCUUUGUCUUCCCAGUGAUGUGGUACUAUGCUACAGUUCUGUAUUUUGGAAAUUACUAUCGCAAGGAUCCAAGGGAACGAGCAGGACUGGCUGCCUCUGCAAUUGCUGCACUAGCUUGUUCUUUCGUGCUGUUGGUCAUAGCAUUGUUUCGGAUAUUCUAGCCUUAGUCAACCGGAUGUAAAAUGUGCUAACAUCAUCUUUGCAAGCAUGAAGAAAGCAUAGUUGAAUUGGAAGGGACUUUAAGGACACAGAUACUAACACUUUUUCGUCGAGAGGGACGUAAAAAAAAGAAGAAAGAGGUGAAGAGAACCUUCAUACGUCUAUACUUACUACCAGCUUGGAUGAUGAUGAGCUACAAUACCAUUUUCAUAUUGAGUGAUUGUGUUUGUAAACAUUGUAAUUAUACAACUUUAUAGAGGUAUAUAGAGCUGUGAUCAAGGCAUUCCCAGUUCGUGAGUUUGAUUCGU